UCUAGAAUUAUUUCACAGUGACGACGUAGCCCAAUGGGCGUUUACUAUUUGAACAGAUAUUUUCAUAUUAAACCUUUGGUUAGUUGACAGAAAAUUUCAUUUUCCUAUUUGGCAAAAUUGAAUAUUGUUGGAAUUGCUUUUUGUUGUGUUUGAAACAAUAAAAUGGAUUGUUGUUUUAUUGGACUUGAAUGAAUAAUGACAAAUCCAACUACUACAACACCUACUACUACAACUACAACUACAACUGCCACUACUAUGCUUCCGCCUAAAACUCCUCAAUGUCCAAUUGUUCCAACGAAUUCACAUCAUUCAAAUUUAUAUCAUACGGAAAAUUCUCUACCUGAUGAUGAUGAGGAUGCAUCGAUUGUGUUAGAUGGUGGUUGUUUAAAUGCACAAAAUCUUAAUGAAGAUUCCAUGAUGAUCUUGUCACAAUCGAUUGAUUCUAUUCAUACUGUGGGUACGAAUAAUGGAGAAGGAACAGAGCAUCAAGUUCGUACAUUAUUUGUGAGUGGUUUACCUUUGGAUGCUAAACCAAGAGAACUUUACUUGUUAUUUCGAAGUUUCAAGGGAUACUUGUCGUCAACACUUAAACCGGCUGGAAAGAAUGGAAAACUUACAGCACCUGUAGGUUUUGUAACUUUUGAAUCACGCGAACAAGCUGAAGAGGCAAUGGCAAAACUUCAGGGUGUGAAAUUCGACCCAGAUGGCAAUCAGCAUAUGCGUCUAGAAUUUGCUCGCAGUAAUACAAAAGUUACUAAACCGAAGACAACAAUUCCUAUUGGUUUCGGUGCUAAUAAUCAUCCACAUCAGAAUGGUUUGAAUCAGCAUAAUUCUUUGGCAAAUCUAAGUCCUUGUCCAACAAAUAUCAGUGGUAUGGUUGCUAAUUUACAACCACCAAUAUUUGCUCAACUGGCAGCUACAGGAUCCACUAUCGAGACAUCCAAUGGAAUUUUUGCCACAGCAACAGAUGCUUCUACAGCAAUGGCAGCAGCUGCAGCCGCUGCAGCCGCUGCUCAAUGGGCUACAAUUCCUGGCUUACCAUCACUUGCUACAGCCUAUGAUAAUACAGCUUAUUUGUCUUCAGCAGCAGGUUUAGUUCAAACAAAUAAUUUUCGUACCUUAGUCCCUGGCAAUAUGAACACUGGUACUUAUGGUGUACAAACUGGCGCCAGUCCAUCAUCCAUUCCCAGUCUACAAAUGGUUCAAGCUGCAAUUGCUCAUGCUAAUGCAGCUGCAGCUUUAUGCUCUGCCAAUGCAUCUUCUAUCGGUAGUGGUACAGUGUGUUCACCUUCUACAUUGGCCAAUUUAUCACAACACAACAAUAAUACACAAGUAUCAUUUUGUAAUACAGGCACAUCGAAUUCGUCUAGUCCUAAUAGUGGGACAGUAUCAUCUCCAGCUACUGUUUCUGCAUUGCCACAUAGUACAAAUUCUCAUUUAAGAAAUAAUUUCUUCCCUAAUCAUCAGUCAAAUGCAUCGAAUGUUGCUUCUUUUAUGGCACAAUUACAACAACAACAACAUCAGCAGCAGCAACAACAACAACAACAGACACUGGCCGCUGUUCAUCAUCUCAAUCAACAUGCCAAUGUGAAUACACCGAAUUCUCCAUUAAAUUUUGCUAAUGUUGUUUCAGCUACAGUUGCUGGUCUACCGCCUCAAAUGGCUGCUGCAGCUAUUGGUCUUUUAGGUGGAUAUAAUUCUAUUAUAAAAGAAUUAACAGGAAGUGAAGGUCAACUUCAUCAACCUGGUCUAUCACCAUAUCAACAAAAUGUUAAUUUUUGAAAUCAAAUUAAUUAAUUUAUUCAAAAUGAUGAAUUAUUAUUAUUUGGCAGCUCAAACUAUUUUUUCGGCUGUCAUCCGACGUCACAACAAUAACAGUACCGACAUAAGAGAUGAAUUUCACAUGUCCUUAAUAUCUAUAUAUACAUAUAUAUAUUUAUCAAAACUAUACAUAUCAUGAUUAUAUUUUUGCCAAUAAUCAGUAACAUACAUAUUCUCAUUUUGAUGGCUGUGCAACAUAAAAUGUAUAACAAGUUAACUCUCUCUCUCUCCCUUCCUCUCAUCUACAUACAUAUCGAACAAUUUGUAUUUUUAUUUACAUAAUAUAAACACAUAGACUCUGUUUAAACAAUAACACUAAUAUUGUUUUCUAUCUCGACUAUUGUUCACAUAUUUUCAUUGUAAAGAAAGUUCAGCACUAAGAUUUACAAACUCUGAGCAAAAAUUAAUCGUGUGUUGUAUUUUGUCUAUGCAGUAGUAGAUGGUAAUAUUAACAUCCUUUUCAUGUUUUUUGUGUUCAUGUGUACAAGUAAAGAAGCCAGUAAGUAAGUGUAGUACGUUUUUUUAAAAGACUAACUAACAAGAAAACCGUAAACAUAUCAGCAUACACACUUACAGAGAAAAGAGAAAAAAAAACAUUUGAGUAAUUUUGAAUUUUUAUCAUUUCUUUAACUUUUUGAUUUUAUUUACUGUGGAAUUAAAAUCAAAAUUUUCUAUUUUCUAUUGUUUCAUGGACAUUAAUUUUCAUGAAUUUUAUUCUGUGUGUGUGUAUUGUGGGGAUUUUGUUUUUAACGAAGCGACAAAAAAUUAUUUUAUUUUAUUUUCCAAAAAUUCUUAUUAGUCUAUGAAUCGCAUAUCAUUUUAUGCUAUUUUUUACAACUUGAUUUAAGUGUACUUCUAUGGGUUUUUUUUCCGGCUUUAUUGCUGUUCUGGUCUCUCUCCCUCUAUAUAUAUAUACAUAAGGUUUAGGUAGAUAAACAAGCAUUUCGUUGUCGUUUGCAAAUUACUCUCUCUCUUUCUCUCUGUUACCUAACAUAAUAUGUGCUUUGUGUCUUGUUGGAGAGAAGUGGUUCCUUUUCUUUUUUUUUCAUUCUUAAACUUCAAGAAAAAAGGUGUGGUCUCAUUGUAAAAUUUUCUCUCAUGUUUAAUUGAUUGAUGAAUGAAUUUCAGCAUUUUGUCUCUCUUUUUUUUAAUACUUGGAAUGGUCAAUUAUGUCUUCUCAUCUAUACAUAUAUAUAUAUAUAUUAUUUUAUCUA